AAGUUACAUUAUAAUCACUUCCGAACUAAUAAACAAACAACGGCUACAAAUCAGUACAAUGCUGAAUAGGGAUAAGAUUGUUGAUUCUAUGACUGAUUUCAAGGGUAAAAUGGAUCGUGAGUUGCUAAUACGGAUUGUUCUGCCAUCUACCCACAAAAAAUCCAAAUAAACGCAGGUUAUCGUAACUACAAAGCUACAAAGAGUGUAAGAAGAAAUGUGAUCUCCAAGUAAUUUAUAACAACAAUUGCUUGAGAAUGAAAGGAUCAGAAUUAAAAAUUAUUAUAACUGUGAAUCUGAAAUUCUGUGUCUAGUCAGUAACACGAGACAAUGUUUUAAAUACUUUAUAUUUACAACUGGAUUCCUACAUACACAAAUGUAAAAGCACAUUCCACAAACUUCACCCUAGCAACCCCUUAGCAACCACCAUAUUUUAUAAACACCUGUAUGGAGUGCACUGAAACGUUUUAUAUGUAAACGCUUCAAAUCCUUAACUACUGAAAAUGUUCAUGCUACCUGAGGACCGCAAGCAAGCAGCAGCUAUUGAAAGACGUCGGAGAAUUGAAGAAGAGAGAAAAAACAGAAUUUUUAAUGCUAGACAGAGACUCAUUGGUAUAGACCAGGCAGCUUUGACACAGCAAAUUGAAGAGAAAAAGGCUCGGGAAGAAGAGCAACGAAAGAUAGAUAAAGCAUUUGACGAACAAUGCAUUCAUGGCGCUAAGCUGGCACUUUUCCUAGAAAAUAAAAUUGAAGAAGAAAAGCGACAUGUCAGUCAAGACAUAAACGCAUUUCGGGAAGUUUACCAAAGACCUGAGAACAGGCGUGAAUUUGAUCUCUAUGAUCCAGAUGGACUCAAGAAAAGCCUCCCAGCACGUUUACUGGAUGACGAUCCACGCUGCGGACCAUCAUCCGCUCAAAAAUUUGCUGGUGAGGAUUUGGCAAGUGAAAAAAGAUGGAAAGCCCAGCAAGAACAGUGCAGAUCAUGGCUAGAACAGCAGAUAACAGAAAGGAGGGCUGCUGACAGUGAUAAGAGGGCUGCACAAAAAGCAUAUGAUGAGGCAGUGUUGGCACGAGACAAACUUGCUUGUGAAUUAGAGAGGAUGGAACAGGAAUGCCAGCGUCGAAUCAAUGAAGCCAACCUCAGAUUUAACAAGGCACUGGUAGAAGAGCAAGUCUUGCAACGCAGACUUGAUGAAGCAAAAGAACUGGAAGACAAACAGGCUGAAAUAUACAAUCAUGUAACAGGAGAUAUGCUCACAGAAAAUCCAGACGUAGCUAAUAGCAAUCUUGGACCUGGUCGCAAAAUACAAUACCUGUACAAAGGUAUGUCAACCGAGGAGCGUGAGAAUGUUCGCAGGGAACAACUUCGACAAAUUGUGGAAAAUGAGGCCAAACGUCAAGCACAGGCACGACUAGAAACAGAAUGGCAAGAGAUGGUUAUUGGGAUAGACAAACACUGUGUGCUUCAGGAGAGAGAGAUCAUGAGGAAACAGAGGGAGCUCGAUAAGAAAAUUUUGGAGCAGAAUAAACAACUGGCCAAAGAACAGACAACAAAACAAGAAUAUAUGGAACGUGUUGUCUUUACAAAUGUACCUACUGAAGCUUAUUAUGACCAGUUUAACACCACAACUAGAUAAAAAAAAAUUAUUUCAAAAGUAGAACAUACUGUUGGGCAUACCUGACAUUCACUGAAAUAUCAGUAAAAGUUACAAGUGGUUUUAUAUUUGACAC